UUGAGAGCUCGUCGUCAAAACCGAAUCAAGUACAGUGUUUUUUUUUUUUCAUUGACUUCAUUGUCAGGGCGUGCUUCCCUUUUUUUCACGACUUGGUAUUACGAAGGAACGUUUAUUGUUCACAAUCACUGGUGCUGUUUGGAAACUCGUUCUUAUCCUAAACAAGACUCGUUUGGUACGGAACUACGAUUGGCGGUCGCUUGACAGCGAUUGCCGACAGUUGAAGUUGGCUCAUCAAGUUGUGUGGUGCAGUGUGGUGCAGUAGUUGGAGCUCAUGGUCUUGUCGGCAGUUUUGGAACCAUGGUUAACUAUCAAGAAGUGAGGGAUCUCUCGUGCCCUCAGUAUGAGUCCUUCACGACCGUCAGCCGUUGCAUUCAUUUCGCUGACUUCCACAACUGUUGGGAGCGAAAAGCGUUAGUUACGAGGCCUCUGUCCAGCACCAUUAUCAGUUGUCGUGGACUCCAGGUUUUGUGGAUGGCUCCCUCCAAGAAAACUACCGAACACAAUUUCUACGGCAACAUGACGUUCACAAUAGAUUUCAACGAGCUUCUAGAAUACGUCAGGCCUGCUAACAUGUAUUAUGUAGACCAAAUCAAGUUCAGCCAGCAUAUGGUCACGAGAAUUUUACUCACGCGACAUUCGUAUUCUCAUCUGAAGUCUGUGAACACUUCGGCAGAGGGCUCGCCUCUGAAGGCCAUGAAUGCCCGUUAUGGAACACCGCGUGAUUGGCAACACGCUACUUCGUGUCACGUAGAUGGCAGAAUGAAGCCUCAUGAACUCGAGAUUGCCUUCAACCCCUCAGGAAACGACAGCUCGUGGCUCUUCCGCAAAUGCCGAAUUUCAGCAAACAAUCACUCCAAGGCAAACACUGCUUCGUACAUAGGUACUUACGCUGACCAUGUAUGUCACAGGUUCAACACUUUUCGGUGUCAGUGUCCGCAUUCUCUGGAUGAUGAAACGAGCGUUCGAAUUGUUCGUUCGUGGGUAAAAUCCCUCGAAAAAGAUCACGAAAAUCUAAGCAUUUUGUCUUCUACGGAUCGAGAUGUCUUUGCCCAAGAGUACAAGAAGGUGGCUGGCUACGUAUACGACAAUCGUGGAGGAGGCGCUCUUACGCGUAACAUGAGUUUUUGGAGUCUGUAAUUCUGAACAAAUUUUAGAAGGGUGGGAAAGUUGCACUCCAUGAACGAUAUUAGUAAGAGUGUUCACGCUAGAUAGAGUUUUUUUGUGUUUGUGAGAAAACUUUUCGUUCUGAAUUCUCAAAGAUUUUCGAUACUUUUUUUUUUCGACUACCAUUUUCCUUGGUUACUUCUUCACAUUAUUCCUGGAGUAGCGUGCCAAAUUGGCUGUGAAUUUUUAAUUUAAUUGCAACUCUAAUCAUGAAACUGGGAAUAAUAUUUUACAAUCAUUAAAUAUCAGUUAGGCUAUAUUCUAAGCAUUAUUGUAAUACUAGUAUAUGCCUUUUAAGUGAUAAUAAUGAUUAAUCUGCAUUUAUACUUUUCGGUAAUGAUUCUUUCUGAAUUGCUUUGGCGUUUUGGUUUUAUUCCCUUUUUGUGAUGUUAAAUAGGUGUUUCGGAAAAUUAAUAUUCUUGUCGGUAGAGGCAGAUUUUUUCAGUGUAAGAAUAUACAAUAUUUGCGGAAGUAAAACUUCUGUUAAGAUAGUAAAGAUACCAACAUCGUUAAGAUAUAAUAGUUUGCAAAUU